UAAACUCUUUGCAUUGGUCUGGUCGGUUUUCGCAGUAGGUAUCAUGUACAAGUUAGAUGACAUGAAGUGAAAUUUAAUGAAUAAAAAUGGGCGGAUUGAGCGCUGCGAACCAGCCGUUCUUACUCAUUAAGGUCUCCGAUUGCCCCUACGGCUGGCUGAAGGAACGCACAUCCUGUUACUUGCUGAACCAGGCCGGGAUGACGUGGCCGGAGGCACAGGCGAGCUGCAACAGCCAAGGGGCGUACCUGGCGUCUAUUGAGGACGAGCAAGAGAAGGAUCUAGCCGUCAGCCUACAAGCGGCGCACUCCAUUUCGUACCUGUUCCUAGGCGGCUCGUGGGACGGUGAGACGUGGCACUGGGACAGCGGGGAACCGUUUGUCUACACGGCAUGGCGGAGCGACGAGCCGAACGGACAGCCGUACAUGGUUAGCACAGCCAGCGGCUGGGGAGACGUUUAUUACUUCAAUGCGUUCCCCUCGCUGUGUGAGAAGUAACUUACUUACAACUUACGUGUAUGUCAAUAGCUAAACAGUGAAUAAAAUUACAUAUAAUU